AUGCUCACAAAAGCCUUCACUACUGCCGCCAUGGCUUUGGCCUGCGCUGGCAUGGUUUCCGCACAAACUUUCACCGAAUGCAACCCUUUGAAGAAGACUUGCCCUCCUAACCCUGCUUUUGGAGACGCCAAGGUCGAAUGUGACUUGGCCAAGGGCGAAUGCGGUGCUUUCCACAACAUGAUUGCCACAGAAAUCAAGUACAGCGAGCGAGGUGCUCUUUUCCGCAUCAACAAGGAGACCGAGGCUCCCACAAUCCGAUCAGACAACUACCUCUUCUUCGGCCGUGUCGACGUUGUUGUCCAGGCUGCCAAGGGUCAGGGCAUCGUUACCAGCGCCGUUCUUCAGUCUGAUGACCUCGACGAGGUGGACUGGGAGUGGGUUGGAGGUGAUGAUGCUCAGGUCCAGUCCAACUACUUCAGCAAGGGUGACACCACCACCUACGACCGUGCUCAGUACCACGCCGUCGCUGCUCCUCUGACCACUACUCACAAGUACUCUCUUGAGUGGACAUCCACCAAGAUCGACUGGCUCAUUGACGAUGUCGUUGUUCGAACCCUCAACGCUGCCGAUGCCAAGGGCACCGCCGGUUUCCCCCAGACCCCCAUGCAGGUCAAGAUGGGCACCUGGGUCGCCGGUGGCAAGAACAGCAACGAGGGAACUCGAGAGUGGGCAGGCGGCUACACAGACUUCAAGCAGGCUCCCUUUGAUGCUUACUACCGCAGCAUCACCAUCGUCGACUACGCUGGAAAGGACGCCCCUGGCCAGAGCUCUGGUGCCAAGGAGUACGUCUGGACCGACAAGUCUGGUGACUGGGAGAGCAUCGAUGUCAAGAAGACUCUGUCCGAUACCGACGGCGAGGACAAGACCAGCGCCAGCACCACUGUCACCAAGGCUACCCAGACUGCUCAGCCUACCAAGACCAAGACCGCUGAGCACACCUCCACUGUUAUUGAGACAACCAGUGCUGUUGUGACCAAGACCAAGACCGCCGAGCAAGAGUCCAAGACUCACGAGACUCAGACUGAGUCUGCCAAGGAGACCAAGGAGACUAAGAUCACCGAAGUUGCUACCACCUUCUCCACUGCCACUGCUGUCGCCAGCACCACCGUUGCUUCCGAGGAGGCUGCUGCUACAGCCACUGAAGAUUCCAGCGCCAGCCCUGACUCUGGUGUCAACUCUGGUGCUGCUGUUGACAAGGGCACACCCUCAGGCUCUGCCACUGAAGGAGCUCCUAGCGACACUACUCCUGUCCCUGUCAACUCUGGCUCUCGCAUGACCGGAAGCAUCAUUACUGCUUUUGCAGGUCUCGUGAUCGCCCAGAUCCUCAUCUAA